AUGGCUUUUGAAGCGAACUUUACAUUUGCAUAUUUAAACAAAGAUAAAACUUUGGGUUAUGAAAGAUUGAAAAAUGAGAUGAAAACGAUGCUUGCAGGCAUCAGUUACGACGACCCACCAGCUAACGACGAGGAGGAGGGCAGACGGUCCGACCACGCAGUAGAGGCUAGCACUGAACAUUCCAACAACGAGAACUCCUUUGUAGUCGAUUGUAAUUCAUUUCCUGAUAAAACAUUAAACACGCCAAAUGCUUUGGACGAUACUUUCGGAGCAUCGUAUGAUACAUCAAAAGAAAGUGAAUCGGUCAAAAAAAAAUUGAAACGUGAAAAUUUAUUAAAAAGCAUUAAAAAAAGUUCUAACAAUAUAUCAAAAUAUCAAACAGAUUACAAAUAUAACGUUGACGACCAAAACAAAAACGUUGGCACGGAAGACAGUAUGAAAAGCAAAACGAACACUGCAGAAGAACAACAGAAUGAACAUAACCGAAUCAUGCAGUUCUUUUUGAAGAGACAAUCAGGAACAGGUUCGACUCGGCUCGUUUUGGUUCAGCUCGGCUUGAUUUGGCUUGAAUCAGUUUGGCUUGGCUUAAAUCGGCUUAUUUUUACUUGGACACUAAGUCGAGUCAAACCAUGUCAUUCAACACUUUGUUUCAUCUACACGGAUUAUUUUAUUGUGAAACAUUUUUUAUUUUUUUCUCAUCCAAUAGCCAAGUUCAUUCCAUACGAUGUUGAAAAGCAAGUGACAAGCGAUAACUUUGUAAUUCCCACGUCUACCAUAAAAAAUAUACCAAGUAGUUUCCAUUUUCCUAUCAACCAAAUUGAUGAUUUCAACAAUUCAAAGUUCGUGAUCAGUUACUCCCGCGAUAACAAUGGUCACAAGCGUCGUGAUAAAGGCCAAGCGGUCAAUUAUUGGGACGCUUUCCGAUCACACGCUGAUGAGUUGCGCUACCACAUGCAGCCGUUACCUUUUUUUAGGAUAGGCUAA